AUGAACUUCUCCCAAGAUGUGAACAGCAUGCUACUGGGUAUUUGGUGGGAUGAGGAACCUCAAACUAAGAAAGAAGAAAAGCCCACAAAAACAAGUUCAGAUAAAGAAGAAAAGCUCAUAAAGACAAGUUCACAGAAAGAAGAAAAGCCACCCAAACCAGGUAUACGCAAAGAAGAAAAGCCAGCAAAACCAGCUACACAGAAAGAAGAAAGGCCAACAAAACCAGUGCAAAAAGUUAUCAAGCAGACAAAAGCUGCUACAACUUACAAAACAGCUGCUACAACUUACAGAACAGCUGCUGUAACUUACAAAACAGUUCCAAAGAAGCUGUUGAAAGAGCAGAAAGAAAGAAGAGGAAAAGAAAAUGUUCGGCCUUCUAAUGGGACAAAAGAAAUCUUUGAUGAAAUGCCAAAGAAAUCCAAAGCUGAAACUGAAGAUCUGAAUUACAUGAAUAGAGAAAAAGGUGAGCUAUGGAUGACUCACGAGAGAAGAGGAGAGAGAGAGACAGACAGAGACAGACACAGAGAGAGAGAGGACCAGAUUCUAAUCAGGAAAAGGCAUUUAACCAGGUCCCAUCAGUUUCUUCCAGUGUUACUAUUUGGAUGGGUACACUGGGUACGGGUUCCACUUCCCUGUUACCCCAGCCCAUCAACAACAUGGGAGCUCUAGUCAUCCAAAGUCACCAGGAUUUAAGCAACAACGACAAUAGGCAUGCAUGUAUGGUCCUAUAAUCUUGUAAGAUUCUGAAUGUUACAUCUUUCUGUGUGAUAUGCCAGAUACUGGCAGUGUGACCCUUAAGGUCAUUUGUAUUUGCAAACAUUUUCAUUCUCCACCUGGUACUAUGAAAGAAUGUGGACAAAGUGAGUGAAAAAAAUUAGGCAUACUGAAACACCUCAUGUCAGGACUGAGGCUCAAAGAGCUUCAGUCAAAUUGUGUAUUUUUUAUUGUCAUGUACAUUUAAUUACCUGUACAAUUCCACUUUCUUUUUCCUAGCGUACAGGUUUUUCUGUUAUAUGGACAAUUUUUCAAUCCUGUGUAAACCUAAGCUUUGAGUCACCCAGUAAGAUGGAACUAAAUAGCUGAACCUUGUUUACACAUAUUUGUAUUUAAAACUAUUGAUGACAGAACCAGGCCAUCUUUACUACGCCAUUUUGUUUAAGAUCCUUAUAGACCUCUUUCAUUGCUCAUAGAAAAUGAGAAAUAUGCCAUAUAAUACAAUCCAACAAACAUUUAUUAAAUACCUAUUAUAUGCUUUUGAGCAUUAUGCUAGGUAUUUGGGAUACAGAGACAAAUAUGAAGCAGUCCUUACCCUCAAGGGCUAUACAUUCUACUAUCUAAUAAGCCCAUCUGCAUUUUAAAUUAUGUCAUAUUCACCAGUAGCACUACGCAGUUCAUUUGGACCCUACUCGUGAAUUAUUUGUUUCCUAGUUUUUGAAAAACAAAAUGUGACUUUUGCAGACAGCUCCAGACAGUGUUAUAUAGGGGAAAAAAUGCCAACUGAAAGAAACUUCACAGUAAUCACUGAGAAUAGGUAAUAUAUCAGCAAACAUUUCCCUUCACUUUGAUAAAUCCUUUCUGAGGAGUUUGAGGAGUUUGUUCUCUCAAAGUGGAAAUACUUGAAUGUCAACAAAGAUGGAGGAAGGCACUUCAGAUGUAAGUGCUGCUCCUAGAGCAUUUUAUUUAUUUUUUUCUAGACAGUCAAUCAUCAGUUCUAGGGAAAAGGAUAACAUAACAUUGAAGAGUGUUUCACUAGAAAUGGGAUGUUGAUGAUUGUGCUCCCAUUUGGCCUCCCUAGAGCUGUAAAUAUCAAUGUUUCUUGACCACAUUUUUCCAUGGAUUCUAAAAUCCAUAUAUCUGUGACCUUCCUAACACUUAAGGUUGUUAUCUGAUUUAUGACAAAGUAACUCAGAAAGUAGAGUUAUUCUUGUUACAACAACAUUAUUUCAAAGGUUUAAGGCAACCAGAAGUAACUCUAGCUUAAGCGAACCAUUGACUUUCAUGGGAUCAAGAUGAUUGUGGUCCUGUAGGUCAGGAAAUGAAAGAUCAGUUUAUAAAUCAAGUCGCUAAGCAAGUGUCUUAUUCAUUGCUAUUAAUAAGUAUUCUAUGAAUAAUUUGGGUGUCUUAAGCCAGAUGAUAAAACAUUCACACACUAAAUGUUACUAUUACAACUAAUCAAUCUUGAUUGCACUCCUUAUAGUGGGACCCAGAUUAGAUCAGUUGAAAACUAAAUUGACUUUCACAUUAAAGAGUAGCCAGUUCCUCUAAGGUAGAGUUGAAGUAUGUGGAAGAGAUAGUGUGUGAUGUUUACCUUUGCCAUACCUCUUUCAUGUAUGAAUAGACAUUUAGAACUAAUUUUGUAGUGCUUUGACCUCUAAGACUUAAUAAGACAGCAUGAACUAGUGAAUAAAGGGCUAUAGUGGAUCCCAGGGGACUAGAAUUCUCUUUUUGAUGCUAUCUAAGAUAAAUCACACAAUCUCCCUAACAUGUUUCCCCAUCUACAAAAUGGGGACAUAAAAAAUUGUAACAUAGUAUUUUCACAGAGAGGUUAAAGUGAAUAUACUAAAAUACUGGUCAAGUAGCUUGCUUAUUUCAAAGAAGAACUCAAUGUAAUAAGAAUUUAAAAUACUACUUUUUAAAUUUUACUAAACUAGAUAUUCUCCAAUUAAUUUUUUCUAUAUUGCCCCUCUAGUUCUUUCAUUCUUACCCUGGGAUACAAAUGUAUUUUUAAAAGUAGACUUACAUAUAGGUUCACAUAACUAGAGUUUUGAUGAAUAAAUAGAUGAGGAAGAAUGUAUUAAGUAAUUUCUAUGUGUAAAGCUUUGAAUUAAAGGCUAUAGACAAAUAGAAAAGUAAGGUAGCUUCCGCUUUCAAGGAGCUCACAUUCAAAUGGAGCAGAGAAUACAUGGAAGGUUUCUGGUGCAAGUGGGACAGAAAGAUCACAUGGAUAUAAGCAAAACAAAUUUAAAGAAAAAACUACACUGGACACAAGAUUUAUAAUGAAUCAAAAGUACCUCUUACAAUCAUGUUUAAUUUUCCCUUAUCUUGGCUAUUAUAGUUAAAUUAUUUUAACAAAAUGUAUUACAAAGUCAUCUAUUGAUAUACUUUCUUCAAAAAGAGUUUCCUACUUCUUUUCAACCAUGUUUAUACAUUAUAAAAAAAGAGGAUAAAUCCAUAACUACUUAUGAGUCCGCAUUCCUAAUAGGUCAAUCAUAAUUUAUAUCACUUUGACCUUGAAGAUAUAAAGGCUUAAAAUCAAAUUAUGUCUCCAUCAUUGCACAAGUGAUGUGUUCAUCCUACCUACUCCUCAGACUAACAAGGUAGGUCAGAAAGAAAAUCAUGCUCCAUUCCUCACCUUUAAGGCUUUUGUUUCCCUCAAAUGCCACAAAUCAAAUUUACUUGAGAAAACAAGAGUUUCUUGCCUUUGCUGAGAUUAUUAUAUUCAGGAAAACUUAGACUAUAGAAUAUUAGAAAAUAUAUUGAGUUUAGAGUUAAUAUAUAUGGAUGUUAUUAAACCUUAUUUUACAGAUUGGAAAUUUGUCAAGAUUGUGAAAUGAUUUUCCCCCCACUUAGAUAACUAAUUAGUUAUAUUCAAACUAGAAUUCAGGUUUUGUGACUCUCUGUCCCAUACUUUUUUGACUAUAUUGAUUACUUUAAUUGAGUGAAUGUUUAUUAAAUAUAUAUUCUGUAAAA